AUGCUCUGUCAACGGUGCCGGCGCAUCGCAGUCACAGCAGCUCGACAGCUAAGCCGACCAUCCUCGAGAGCCAACAGUGCAUUGGCUACCAGUCGAAUCGCCUCGAGGUCAUCACUGAUUUCUGCACCCGUUUCACGACUCCCAUAUGCGGCGUCAUUAAGAUAUUCCACCUCUUCUGAGGCAGCCGCAGCCGCAGCCGCAGCGCCUGCAGCGACAGGAUCAUCCACGACCCCAGAGAAGCCCGACUACCUGAACGAGGCCGAAUCAGAGAUAUGGGACAAGUUGGCGGUCGAGUUCUCACCCACCGAGCUCAUGGUACAAGAUAUAUCUGGAGGCUGCGGGUCGAUGUACGGCAUUGAGGUUGCCUCGGAGAAAUUCCGAGGCACGAACAUGCUAAAGCAGCAACGGAUGGUUAACGCCGUCUUGGGGGAACAAAUGAAGGGAUGGCACGGUGUCCAACUCAGGACGAAGAUCCCAUCUUAA